AUGGAUCUAAUCAGUUUCUUCAUUGCUCAUCUGUUCAUAUCAGGUGUUGUUUCAACAACUUUCACAGUAACAAACAAGUGCAACUACACAAUAUGGCCAGGCUUUCUGUCAAAUGAAGAUGAUUCUUUACUCUCUACCACCAGCUUGUCCCUUCAAACGGGACAGUCAGAGACCAUAUCAGCACCAGCUUCAUGGGAUGCUCGUUUCUGGGGCCACACAUAUUGCACUGAAGACUCCAUAGGAAAAUACUCCUGCAUCACUGGUGAUUGUGGUUCUGGCAAACUAGAAUGUUCAGGCAGCGGCACGGCACCUCCUGCCAUACCGGCAGAGUUCAAGCUUGACGGUUCUGGAUGCGUGGUGGAUUUGAACAGAGCAUAUCCUUUAGAGCUGAACGUUAAUAGUUCCAAUGGGGAGAUCGCGGUGUGCAAGUGUGUGUCUCAAGCCUUUGGAUCACCACAGAACUGUGCAUCAGCCGGUUACCAAAUCAUCUUCUGCGCAGCGAAAGAUGCUACUCCAAGAAGACGUUCGGCGUCCGAGUCCACCACAAAAACCUCAACCGUUUCAUCAUAUGCCACUGCAAAUGGCCCCAAUUCGUCAUCGGAAUCCUCCGCAGUCACCCCAACAGCUGACGUUAGAUCUCGUUCAAAGGGAUCCAAUUCAAGCAGUGGUGCAGUAGUUACAAAUAACGUAACAAAUGCUACAACACCAAGCCCCACUUCGUCAGAAGAGGAAACACCAAGACCCACUUCGCCAGGGGAGAAAACCCCAAACCCUUUGCCAGAAAUGAGGCCUGAUACUACUCUAAGAAGACGUUUGGCACUGAUUAUAGCAGGAGUUAUUGGUGGUGCUCUGCUCGUCAUUUCUCUUGUAGUGAUUCUUAUUUUGAGGGCGAGAUGGUGGAGCAAAUCCGAAAAACCUGAGAAUGAUUUGGAAGCUGAUCAUAUAAAGCAAGUUCCAGGAAUGCCUGUGAGGUUUUCAUAUGAAGAUAUUUGCAUCGCGACUGGUAAUUUCAAAGAUAGACUUGGAAAAGGAGGCUCCGGGUCUGUGUUCAAAGGAGUACUGAAAGAUGGAAUAACUGAAAUUGCCGUGAAGAAGUUGGAGAAAUUAAGCGAAGAUAUGAGUGCAUUUGUAACAGAAGUUGAGGCAAUUGGAAGCCUUCACCAUUUUAAUUUGGUGAAGUUGAUCGGAUUUUGUGCAGAGAAAUCACUUGGGCUUCUGGUAUUCGAGUAUAUGAACAAAGGAUCGUUGGAUAAAUGGAUUUUCAAGAAUGACCAAAGAUCUUGCAUUGAUUGGCAGACCCGAAAGAAGGUUAUACUUGGCAUAGCAAAGGGGCUGGCAUAUCUUCAUGAAGACUGCUUGAAGAAAAUAAUACACUUCGAUAUAAAACCGCAGAACAUUGUCUUGGAUCAAAAUUUCAAUGCCAAAAUUUGUGAUUUUGGGUUAUCUCAGCUAGUUGAUAGAGAUAUGAGCCAAGUUGAAACCCGAAUGAGAGGAACCCCAGGAUAUAUUGCUCCAGAAUGUUGUAAAAUACCACCAGACCGUAUCACGGUAAAAGUUGACAUAUACAGCUUCGGAAUUGUUCUCCUGGAGAUCGUUAGUGCACGCAAAAAUGUGGAUAAUUCACAGCCAGAAUCUAACAAUCAUUUGCUUAAGAUGUUGCAGAGGAAAGCUGAAGAAGAUAGACUCAUAGACAUUGUGGAGAAUUUGGAUGAUCUAUACAUGCAGAUUGAUAAAGAGGAAAUAAUCAGAAUGUUAAAGCUUGCUGCUUGGUGUUUGCAAGAUGACCCAAAAAAAAGGCCUCUCAUGUCAACAGUUGUGAAGGUGUUGGAGGGUGUAAUGGAGGUAGAUUCAAACAUCGUUUAUAAGUUUUGUCAUGCAUUGAUAUCUCCUCCUGUUGUUAAUCACCAUAUUACUUCAGCACCGCCGCCAGCUAAUCACCAUAUUACCUCAGCACCGCCGCCAGCAGAUGUUCUUUCUUGUCCCAGAUGA